ACUGCGGAGCAAUUUAUCAUCAAAAUCUUCGUCUCGCAAAGUACGCUCCUCCACGCCUUUCAUCACCUUACCGAACCUCUCGACUCAGUGCGUGUGUGUUCAGGUCUUGACUGGCAUCGUCCAUUUCAUAUUAACUCAUUCAACCGAUCAAAAUGUCUUUCCAGAAGCCAGAGAAGGAUUUCGGCGAGGGCCCAAAAAUCCACAAGAUUCGCAUCACCCUCAGCUCUCGCAAGGUUGCUUCCCUCGAGAAAGUCUGCCAGGAGCUCAUUGAGCGUGCUAAGAGCAAGUCGCUUACUGUCAAGGGACCUGUCCGUCUUCCCACCAAGACUCUCAAGAUCUCCACUCGUAAGACCCCCAACGGUGAGGGUUCCAAGACCUGGGAUACCUACGAGAUGCGCAUCCACAAGCGUUUGAUUGAUCUUCACGCUCCCACCGAGACCGUCAAGCAGAUCAUCAUCAACAUUGAGGCUGGUGUUGAGGUUGAGGUUACCAUUGCCGCUUAAACGGGUUUGAUUAUUUAGGUCGGUUUCUUCGCUGCGGAUUGCUGAACUGCAGCUGUAGUCGUGUUUUGUACAAUCGGUUACAACGAACUUCACUAUCUACCUGAAGCAUAGACCAAAUAAUGAAAGAAAAAUGGUAAAAACGAAGCUGAGCUGCUAUAUACAUUCUAUGAAUGUCUUGAUUAUAUACUUGAC